AUGGCGUUUAUGGCUAUACGAACAGAUUUCUCUACUGACAGGCAAUCAACACUUGAUGAGAUAAUCAGCGCUACAGAUUCUGAGAGCCGAGAAAAGGACUCCGGGGUUGAGGAUGCCAUCGCGGAGGAUAUGAACACAGAUAAGUACUACCAUCUAGGAAUAGCACUUGGUCUGUCCUACGAAACACUUGACAGCAUCCAAGCAAGUAUUAGAGGACAAAAACUAGAAGCUGGGGCUUACACUUCAAAUCAACGAGCUGCUAUUAUCAUGAUCCGCUACUGGAAACACUUACAGUAUUCUGACUCCCAAGCAGAUCAUCAUCUGAGAGAGGUGUGGUCAUCUGUGACCAAUUCAACAAAGUCAAUCCCUCCUGUUGAGCAAGCUAACAGCUUAGACGGGAAAGUUGGUUCUACUUUGGAAGAAAGCUUUGGAGACAAGCUAUCUUACGCACGAUCAAUACCUGUUCCGAAAGAAAGUUUCUAUGGGAUAGAGAUCCCUGGUAACCUGAGCAUCCUUGAAGCAAGAGGUCCUUGGGAGGAAAGAUUUCAGUUUCGGCGAAGUAGAACUCCCAGUAUCAGAAGCGACUCUUUGAGCAGGUAG